UGUGGCGAAAGCCUGCGCAAAGCCGUCCGUUCUUCCCCUACGUGACGCCUCUCCCUAUCACAAAGACGACGCCCGUGGGCUCCCUGCCCGUCUCCUCGCAGCUCUCCGCCCCACACGCACCACCCGCCUGACCUCUUCAAGAAGCCCGCGACAUCUCUCUCCUUAUCGCUGCUCCCUUUUCGCUUCACUCCGUUGGUCCAUAAGAUCACCCUCCGUCGCGAAUCCCUGGUGGUGGAGGUAGAAGGCAUCUUGGGGUUUCUUGGGUGAUGGCCUUCGUCCUCACGGGCAUCCGUUUCCCCACCGCGCGGGCCUUGGGGCUAUCGACACGAUCCGGAUUCCCGAGCCAGAGGACGUUCGGCGCCAAUCUCUCUCCCGUAUCCAAGAAGCAGAUUAAGGUGCGGUUUCCGGUUGCUUCUGCAACUGGAAAGUUGCUAGUUCCAGGUACUGAAAGUGAUGAUCUGUCAUCCUCCACCACCCUGAAUUCAAACAAGGAAGCUGCAUCAUGUAAUCUGCAGGUAUUGCAAGAAACAAGUGGUGUGAAGAUUGAGGACAACAUUGAGCUUGAAGCAGGGCAGACAUCCAUCUCCUCUGCACUCAUUGGUGAAGAAAGUAUGAAUCAAGGUGACAAAAGCUCAGUUUCUUCUCAAGCCAAAGAAGAAGUCGAGGAUGUUGAGGAAAAACCAAGAUUUGUUCCUCCACCUGGUACUGGACAAAGAAUUUACGAAAUUGACCCAUCUUUAAAGGGUUACAGAGUACAUCUUGAUUACCGAUAUAAUCAGUACAAGAAAAUGCGCGAGAUGAUUGAUCAGUAUGAAGGUGGUCUGGAAGCGUUUUCACGUGGAUAUGAGAAAUUUGGCUUUCAGCGAAGUGCUAGUGGCAUCACUUAUCGGGAAUGGGCUCCAGGCGCAAAGGUCAGUAAAUAUUUGGUGGUAUUGAUCUUCUAAGCUUUGUGCCUCACUGGAUAAAUUAUACCUAUUUGUAUUAUGCU